CACAGAAAGUCAACAGCGUUAAUAUCUGCUUCUCGCGGCAUGCUAUGCUGGCGCGACUUGGCCAUCAAACGCAAAUGUGAUUGCCAUGUCUUCUUCGUCCACAGCCAGAGUAUCGUCACGUGUUGAACGGAGAACGACCAACGACAAUGGAAGCGCACAACCCCGCGCUCCAUCCGGGCAGACUGGAGGCAGAGGUGAGAGGCUGGAUCCAAGAAGGAUGCAAUCACCACAACCCUCAGCAUCAGGAACAAGUCAUAAAAGGACAGCUUCAGGCUCACAGCGCACGAACAGGGCGGUAGAAGAGAGGAGGACGGAAAGAGUGCAAGUAACAACAAGAGAGACUUUAACAACGAGAACAAGAAGCCCAGAUAGACGUCCUGCUCCUUCAGCACAACCUUCGGAACGCCAGCGACCAGCUGAGCCAAGUAGAGCAUAUUCUGGGGACCCUCGACCGAAACCAGGCAGGCCAGAAACGCUUCCCCAAGCACCAUGGAACCCAGAAGUCUCUUUAGUACCGCAUACAUCUGCCCCUUUAGCAUCACGAAUAUCGAUACCGGCACUCGCAUCUCACGCCCCGCAAUCGUUGCAGCCCAAACCGCUUCACGAGUUGUCUUUGGAAGUGCAGGAGGCCACAAUCCUGGAGGAUCUUCUUAUGGUUUUUAUGGGCUACGAAGGACAGUAUGUAAGAUUUGCAAAGAACUACAACCCCGCAGUGGAGAAGGACCGGCUCGCAGGACCUGGGUACAAGAUUCUGCCCGGAUUGGACCCUAGCCUACAAGACCUUACCACGACAAUGUUGAAAAUGGCAACUCAUUAUGGUGCGGUUGAGGCUUUCGUGGAAGUUCAAAGCCGAGAGGAAUUUGGAGCCGUCAACCACGCCCUUUGUGCUGCUAUUCGGAAACUCCUACAGGAUUACUUGAUCAUGAUUGCUCAACUAGAGACCCAGUUUCUCACCAAUCCGUCCUUUACUCUGCAUGUACUCAACCUCCACACCCUUCCAACCAGCCAUAUGAUGUUCCAGUUAUACUCUUUAGCUCACGAGAUACUGAAGAGAAAUUCCAUGCUGGAGGAGGACGAAGACUCUGACGAUGGCUAUGAUGAUAUCGAGAAUAUCCUGGAGAGUCUCAGGGAGGGCGGGGAUCUUGGACCGGGAAAUAUACCUGGAAAGAAAAUUUGCAAGGGUGGCAGUGUCCUUGGUCUCAUCACGAAGCGAUUGGAAAUGAUGUCGGGUGACCCGGCUGCUCGGUCCCUGCUCACUUCAUUAUUGCGGGAUGCCAGCCGCCCGUAUAUGAUCAUGUUGAACGAGUGGUUGCAUCACGGAAGUAUAAAGGAUCCUCACGCUGAAUUUUUGGUGAGAGAGCAGAAGAGCAUCAAGCGUGAAAGGUUAGAAGAGGAUUAUACCGAUGAAUACUGGGAGAGACGAUACACCAUCCGAGAUCACGACGUGCCUCCACAGCUGGAAGGAGUCAAGGACAAAGUUUUGCUGGCAGGGAAAUAUCUCAAUGUGGUUCGGGAGUGUGGUGGUGUCGAUGUCAGCAAAGCUGUUGCUGAUGUCCCUCGAUCAUUUGACGACAAUCGAUUCUUGGACAACGUCAAUAGCGCCUAUGCUCAUGCCAACGAGUCGCUUCUCACACUCUUACUUACUACGCAUGCCCUCCCUGCUCGCCUACGAUCACUCAAACACUACUUUUUCCUCGAUCGGUCAGACUUCUUCUCCUACUUCCUAGAGCUUGGUACAUCUGAGCUUCGAAAGCCCGUCAAGAAUGUCAAUACAAGCAAAUUACAGUCACUCCUGGAUCUGGUCCUGCGGCAGCCUGGCAGUGUUGCGGCACAGGAUCCGUUCAAGGAAGACAUCAAAGUUGAGAUGAAUGAGGUCAGCUUGACAAACUCAUUGACUCGGGUCGUCAAUAUUUCUGGUAUAGAGCAAGGGGAAGCGCUUCAGGCUCCUGCUUCCCAGCCGACCAAUGAAAGUGAUAAGGCAGCUGUCGGCUUCACUUCUCUUCAACUAGAUUAUUCCGUCCCAUUCCCCGUCUCUCUAGUCAUUAGCAGGAAAACUGUCUGGAGAUACCAAGCCUUGUUUCGAUACCUCCUCUCCCUGCGAUACCUGGAGCAACAACUUGUUUCAUGUUGGCAAACUCACAAUAGAGCUGCUAGCUGGUCACAUAAGAGCUCAAAUCGAGAUGUGGAAAUGUGGAAACGACGGGUGUUCACGCUGCGUGCUCGUAUGCUUGUCUUCGUUCAACAACUUCUCUACUUUUGCACGGCUGAAGUCAUUGAACCAAAUUGGCAGGCACUGAUGGCGAAGCUCAAUGCAAAGGAGGAUAGCAAGGGCGGUGCGUCUCCGGUUCGGACGGUUGAUGAGCUUAUGCAGGAUCAUGUGGAUUUCCUCGAUACGUGCCUGAAAGAAUGCAUGCUCACCAACAGCAGAUUAUUGAGGAUUCAUUCGAAGUUGAUGCAGACAUGUACAUUUUUUGCAACAUAUACCCCUUGGUUGACGAGGGAACUAGAAAGAAUGGAUCCGGACCUUUCGGGCACAAACAGGCCUGCCCAGAUGAAUAGGCAACAGUGGGAUCGAUUCAAGGAAACCCAAACUCAAAAACAUGCCGAUUCGACAGCUUCAAAUUCCGCUGGCGGUGGUCUGACUGAUGAGGCUCGACUUGAAAAGAUUGAAAAGAUGUUUGAGACCAUCCAGAAAUAUGAGAUUAAUUUCAGCAGACAUUUGCAGAUUCUUCUGGACGCCUUGAACCAUUAUGCAGCCACAGAAACGGUGGUGUUAUUGGGACUUUGCGCACGGCUGAGCACUGCCAACCAGGGAACUCAGUUUAGCGGGCUACGGGCUGAUGAGGAUGGAGGAGCUCAGGCAUGACAAGAAUGGAAAAUGAUGCUUUGCAGCGUAUUUGUGUUUUCGGCGUCAAUGAUACCAUCGUCGGUUUGGCCGAUGUCUAGAAGUUUGGCGUUCCCAUGGGUACCUAUAUGAAGGAGGUGUGUGUACAAAUAAUAGGCAAUUCGUGCAAAGAGAGAUGUAACACAACACGAACGAACGAACGAACGAAACUCG